GAUGUUAAUAUUAGCAGCUACUUGACACACCAUGAUUUGACCAGCUGCCCAUUCAUAUCCGCUGUUAGCAGAAACAGCGGCGACCACCUGCACCGGCGGACGUUUAUAGGCGAGUCCAGGUCCGGGUGUAGCCAUGCCUGUCUCCCUGCUGUGGGCAGUGGACGUGUACGGGCGUGUCUACAGCCUGUCCACUGUGGGACAGCAAUGGGAGCAUUGCCGCAAUGCCCACAUGGAGUUCAAGCGGGUGACAGCAGCUCAGCAGUGCUGCUGGGGCAUUGCCUGUGACAACAGCAUCUACCUGAACGUCCAUGCGUCUGACCUGCCUGUACGCUACCAAGAGGACACGUACGAAAAUCAGAGAUGGAAUCCUGUUGACGGUUUCUCAGAGCGUCUGCUUCCAAGUGACCGCUGGCAGUGGAGUGACAUCACAGGCCUGCAGCAUCAACCCAUAGCCAGCUUCCAGCUCCCUUCCAGCAGCUGGGAGUGGGAGGGAGACUGGUUUCUGGAUGAAAACCUCGACGGAGAGCCAACAGAAAAAGAGGGGUGGACGUAUGCCAUGGAUUUUCCUGCUGCUUACACCAAGGACAAGAAGUGGAACUCCUGUGUCCGUCGCAGGCGAUGGCUCCGCUACAGGAGGUACAAAGCCAUGGACACCUGGGCUAAGAUCCCUUCACAGCAGAUAACUCUACCGGAUCCCUUUAGUGACAUCAGCUGCGGAGGCUGGGAGAUCAGUGAGGAGCCCAGGGGCCGGCUGUCUCUGUGGGCCGUGUCCCUGCAAGGAAAGGUGUGGUUCAGAGAAGGAAUCUCUCACCACAACCCUGAGGGUUCUUCUUGGGUGGAGGUGGCUCCCCCUGGAGAAGUGGUCCAGAUCAGCUGUGGGCCCGGGGACCUGGUCUGGGCUGUGCUAUGGGAGGGACACCUCAUUGUCAGGGAGGGCAUUAGUCGAGACUGCCCAAUAGGUACUUCCUGGGCAGAGGUGGCGUCUCCGAGCCCUGACGUGGCCGCUAUACAUGUCGCUGUAGGAAUGAAUGUGGUCUGGGCUGUGACCAAAGAUAAUAAAGUGUGGUUUAGGCGAGGUGUGAACUCUCAUAACCCCUGUGGUUCCGGAUGGAUCAACAUGGUUGGAGAAAUGAUCAUGAUCAACGUGGGCCUGAACGACCAGGUGUGGGCCAUUGGCUGUGAGGACCGGGCGGUGUACUUCAGACAGGGUGUUACCUCCAGUGAGCUGAGCGGUAAAACCUGGAAGGUCAUCAGCGUUCCUCGAGAUGGGGAACGAUCCCACUCCAGUGCCAGUGCAAACAGUCAACACAGUGCAGGUUGUUUUUUCUCUGGUGAAGUGCGGGCUCCAUCAGUAGUCAGCGAUGCUGAAUUAGACCUUGAACAUCCACCAGCAGAUGGAACCAAGAGCAAUGCCAUGUUCCCUUGCCCAGACUCCUUCAUCGAUACCCCUACAAACUCUUCAUCAGAACCGUGCGUCAAGCCUCACAUCCCCAAGGUCACAAGCGACAGCUUUAUCUCUGAACUCGUCUCUGACCGAAAACCAACAAAGACAUCUGGAGGUACUGAAUUAGCCUCUGCCACCGUCCUGGAAGAGGUCGUCCCUGGUGAAGGAGAGACUGACGUUCUGUCCAGUAACAGUGCUGUUACCAUUACUGGGUCUGGUGGUCCCCCCGACCCCCAGUGGAGUAACGUAGAUCUGGAGGAGGCACAGAUCCAACACAGCCAAACGGGAACAGUGGCAGACUCCGCUGACUCCUGCAGCCUGUCAUCAGUGGCAACCUACAGCCUGGCCAUGGAGGAUCUGUAUGCGGUGGACGAGCACCCUCUGUGGGCGUGGGUCAGCGGAGGAGGCUGCUCUGUGGACAGCCACUCUCAACUCAACUGGUUCAGCUGCUCUUUGAACACAUCUAUGCUUCAGUCAGUGCAGUCCAUGAGUCUGUCCGUGUCUCCUGCUCAGACAGCUGCUUGGCGGAAACAAAUCUUUGAGCAGCUUAGUGAAAGGUCCAAGAGAGAGAUGGACAAUUUCAGACAUUACGAACAAGCCAUUGAGCAGUCGGUGUGGGUAAAGAAGGGAGCCAUGCAGUGGUGGAGAGACUGGAAGCCGCACAAGUGGAUCGAUGUUCACUUUGCUCUGGAACAGUUUUCUGGAGCCGAGGGACACAAGGAUGGGAUCUUAUUCAUUUAUUACAAUUAUUAUGAGGAGAAGAAGUACCUCCAUGCCUUCAUUAAUGAAGUAACCAUCCUGGUUCCUGUUCUCAACGACUCCAAGCACACGUUUGCCAUCUACACUCCUGAACGUACCAAACAGAGGUGGCCAAUAAGAGUGGCAGCUGGCACAGAGCUGGAGAUGUAUGAUUGGCUGGCUUUGUUGAGUGUAUCCUGCUGUGACUCCAGAGGAAUCCACGGUUCUCCGUCCAAACAAGCGAUCUGGUCCAUCACCUGUAAAGGGGACAUCUUUGUCAGUGAGCCCUCCUCUGCCCUGGAAGCCAUGCCUUACCCCACACCCUGUGAUCAAAUGUUCUGGCGGCAGGUAGGAGGCCACCUGCGGUUAGUGGAGUGCAACAGCCUGGGGAUAGUGUGGGGCAUCGGCUAUGACCACACCGCCUGGGUCCACACCGGAGGCUAUGGAGGAGGCUUCUUCCAGGGCUUGGCCAGCAGCACAGAUAAUAUUUACACUCAGACUGACGUCAAGAGCGUUUACAUCUAUGAGAACCAGAGAUGGAAUCCUGUCACUGGCUACACCAACAGAGGCCUUCCAACAGACCGCUACAUGUGGAGUGAUGCGUCAGGAUUACACGAGUGCACUAAGACUGGUACAAAACCCCCUUCUCCUCAGUGGACAUGGGUGUCUGACUGGGCUGUUGACUACAGCGUCUCCGGGGGAGCAGACAGAGAGGGCUGGCAAUAUGCUGCAGAUUUUCCAGCGUCCUAUCAUGGCUUCAAAACCAUAAAGGACUUUGUGCGGCGUAGGCGAUGGGCCAGGAAGUGUAAAUUGACAACAACAGGACCUUGGCAAGAAAUUCCACCAAUCCCACUGAGUGAUGUCACGAUCCUGCCUUGUGCUGCUCAGAGCAGCGUGGAUACAGUUCCUGUGUGGGCCAUCAGCAACAAAGGAGACGUCCUGUGUCGACUGGGAGUCACCUUGCUGACACCUGCUGGAACCUCAUGGCUUCAUGUGGGGACAGACCAGCCCUUCAAGUCCAUCUCUGUUGGGGCUGCCAGCCAGGUGUGGGGCGUGGCCCGGGACGGCUCUGCUUUCUACCGGGGGUCAGUCUCAGGACCGAACCCAGCAGGGGACUGUUGGUACCACAUUCCUUCUCCGGCUAAGCAGAAGCUGAAGCAGGUGUCUGUAGGCAGGACGUCUGUUUACACUGUGGACGAAAAUGGUAACCUGUGGUACAGACAGGGAGUGACUCCCAGCUACCCUCAGGGCUCUUCCUGGGAGCACAUCUCUAACAAUGUCCGCAAAGUCUCUGUGGGUCCCCUGGAUCAGGUGUGGAUCAUAGCAGACAAGGUUCAGGGCAGCCACAGUCUGAGCUGCGGGACGGUGUGCCAUCGACUCGGAGUCCAACCCAUGGAACCCAAGGGACAAUCAUGGGACUAUGGCAUUGGGGGCGGAUGGGACCAUAUUACAGUGAGAGGAAACUCCAUGGAGCCACCUCGGAUCCAUCUUCCCUCCAUGACGGAGCCGUCUCGUUAAACUCCAGGAUAACUUUGUAAUACACUCACUUUUAAGAGACACUUUGGUUUUAGGUUUAAAGUUGUAGGCAAGUGUUAUAUUCAGAUAAGCUGAGCCAGUCUAAUAUUUUACCAGAUAUUCAAGAUCUUUAAAUAAGUUUUUGUUUUCUGUGUGUUUUGUUCCUUGAUAGUGGUGUUUGUAUUUUGUUGCAAAGCUUGACUGAUUUUUCUCAGUAGACCUAAUUGUGAAUUCUUUAUUUUGUGUUUGUGUGUGUCAAUUUCUGCAAGUCAGUUUAAUGUGACAAUAGAAAAUGUUUCUUUUUUUAUUUAAUUAGGCCGCACAGUAAUUGCCCAUAAAUUUUCUGUUGGAUUUAGUUCUGAACUCUGGUCAUUUUCCCAAUGUGAUAUUAUUAUUGGGCCAAAACUGACUGGUAUGUGAAGCUACUCUUGACAAAGACCUCUCUUAGCAAACCUAGAGCAUGAUGCUGCCACUAUCAGUUUUAGCUUGGAUAUGAUGUUCUGGAUAUUUCCUUCAGAAGAGAUGUCUUCUUCUAUGUUUUCUUGGAACAAUAUCCACAUUUUUGUUUUUCUGUGGUUAUUGAAUGACUGCCAUUGCUUUAUGGUACUCAAAUUAAUACUUUAAUUCAGUAAGAUUCCAUUCAUCCUUUGGAACGUCCUUGCAAAACAUGGAUAAGAAAUGACCGUUCCAAAGAAAUCCACUUUGGAACAAUAAAAUUAUUAGAGCUGAAACAGAUUUAUUAUAAUUAGCAGCAAAUGUGAAUUUAAGCCUUAUCCAUAUUUAUUUCACCAGGUUAUUGCAAACAUUUUGGAGUUUCUUUGACUCGUAGUAUUUGUUUUUUACACAAAUUGCAAAAUAUAUGCAUCAAAUAAUUUGAGGGAAAGGUUUUAAAAAGCCCAUCAGAAUUAAUGUUUUGUUUGUCUCAACAAGCUGGCAUUUUAACAGGGAUGUGCAGACAUUUGAGAGUUGUAUAUAUUAUAACAGGCUGGAAAAAAAGUCAAAGUUUGAAUCAUUUUUCUUGGGCUGCUUCUCUUUGAACUUUCUUUUUGUUGUUUUUACACCCUCUUAGCUGCACUGCGUUUCCAACUGGUUCUUCUAUUUUGAUAAUCGGUUCAGGAACAGGAAGAUUUGGUGACAAACUACAGAUCCCAGCAAAGUUUAUGAAUUAUAAGCAGCCAUUUAUCAUCUUUUAAGCAGCAGAAAGCAUGAAAAAACAAGAUGGUAAGAGACACAAAACAGCCAUGUGUCACAACCGCUUUCAUUCAACUGUCAAUGGAGCUAGCCACAUUGAAAUAUUUUAUUUUUGAGAAGUUGUUGUGGUGCGUGUGCAAUAUUUAGUAUUAUCAAAAGCAAAAAGGGCGAUUAGUUGGAAAAAAAAGAUGGUAUUUGAAAUGCUUGAACUAACCCUUCCUCUUUCUCAGGGGUGAUUGCAUCUGCAUGUUGUUUACUUCCUUUAACCAGAUGAUGAGACAAUGACUGAGCAGUUGUAAAGAAAAAACUAUUUUGAUUAUUGUAAAUAGAAAUAUAGCAAGCAUUGGUAAAGUAAAGAUAAUGUAUGGAGAUGGAUUUUCUGUUUCUAAGGACUGGGGUGAUAUAUUAGGUUAUAUGCUUUAAUAACUGGCGUAGCGACUUAAAGUCUGACUGCUGACUCAUUAGUAAAUGUUGAUCGUGUGCUGAUAUGUAGCUGUUAUCUGUAAAUAGUAAUCGUCUUGUGUAAUAUGAUCAAGUUGUGCAUCGACCAAAAUGAAAAAAAGUUGGUGUCAAUAAAUAAAUGGUUUUAUUGAUA